UCCACACGAGGAGAAGCAACAGCUAGCAGCAGCUACGUCUGUCAGCAACAAGGCAUGCAAAAGUUUACAAACGCCAAUCCUUCGCCUUGAGCAGAACCAAAGACAGCGUUUGAUGAAACUAAGGACUCCUGGAAACGAGGAGUCAUGGCACGGCAUUCGUAACUGCUUGUUAUUUGUGUUAUUUUGGAGCUCCAAAUGUGUAAAAAAAGUGAACCGUGCUCGACGUCGAACAAGAUGGCAGCAAUAGUGGCAGCAGCACCGAUGCAGGGUUUGACGGUGGCGUGGCUCCUCGCUGCUAGCCUGUUCUCUGACGCGCUGGGUAAUGUGGUUUACGGGUCUUACUGAAGGUAUGGCCUCACAAGUCUUGGUUCAGCCAUCACAUGUGCACUCAGCUCAAACAAGUGCCUUAGGAACUAGCAGCAACAGCAGACACCCAGGGGAAGCCCACCUCAUUAAUCACGCCAGCAGAGCCUUUCACAUCCAACCCCCGCAGAAGACAUAUGUGAUUGGAGUCAACUAUGGAAUUGCCUACCCAAACAAUGUAAUCCCAUCAACAGUGGAUGCUGAUUUUGAAAGACUGCACAGGGCAACAGCAACUGAAGAAAGAGAGAAGAGGGCACUUCAUCCAACGGGAUUGCACUUUGAGAGCUUGGAUAGACUAGAAGGCCUUGCUAAGUUUAAAGAUCAGCCUGGUCUGUGUCAUAGCAGAGGGCCACAAGGAGGAGGACAGAAUUGUGUGGUAGGAAGUACACAUUGUGUCAGAUUUGAAGAGGAACGGGGCACAGACAAAACAGAAGGGGGCUAUGUAAACCUAAACUCAACUGAGACCCAGAGAUGCAAACAGAAGAUUGGUGAAGUCCGAGAACUACAGCGGGAUAAGAACUGUGUUGGAAUCAUGCAAAUAGUGGAUGAGGUAUCUGACAUACCUUCACUUCCUGGUCCUGUGGCAAUGUUGCAAACCAGCACUGAGAACGAUGACAUUGUUAGUGUAGAAGGUAAGGGGACCCUGCCUUCUCAAGAUAACAAGGUUGGCACAUGGACAGGUGUUAAGAAUGAAUUGAGUGGUACAAGGUCUAACGGCAGUCCUGAAGCGGUGGUUGGAGCAACAAUAAACAGAUCAGAAACAGUUGAUGGUGAUUAUCAAUUAAUUCAGCAUGAGGUGCUUUGCUCCAUGAAGAACAGCUAUGAGGUGUUGGAGUUCCUGGGUCGUGGAACCUUUGGUCAGGUGGUAAAGUGCUGGAAGAGGGGAACAAAUGAAGUGGUGGCCGUCAAAAUACUGAAGAACCACCCCUCGUAUGCACGCCAGGGACAAAUUGAGGUGGAGAUCCUUGCUCGGUUGAGCAGUGAGAAUGCAGAUGAGCACAACGUGGUGCGCGCUUUGGAGUGCUUUCAGCACCGCAGACACACAUGUUUGGUAUUUGAGAUGCUAGAGCAAAACCUCUAUGACUUCCUCAAGCAGAACAAGUUCAGCCCGUUGCCACUCAAAAUCAUCAGGCCUAUUCUGCUGCAGGUAGCAACAGCGUUAAAGAAACUAAAGUCCCUAGGUUUGAUUCAUGCUGACCUGAAGCCUGAGAACAUCAUGUUGGUAGACCCGUCCAGGCAGCCAUACAGAGUCAAGGUUAUUGACUUUGGCUCAGCCAGCCAUGUCUCAAAGGCUGUCUGCUCCACUUACCUGCAGUCCAGAUAUUACAGAGCUCCAGAGAUUAUUUUGGGCUUGCCAUUUUGUGAGGCUAUCGAUAUGUGGUCACUGGGAUGUGUUAUAGCUGAGCUUUUCCUAGGCUGGCCCCUAUAUCCAGGUGCUCUGGAAUAUGACCAGAUCCGAUACAUCUCCCAGACUCAGGGCCUCCCUGCAGAGCAUCUGCUAAAAAAGGGCACCAAGACCUCUCGUUUCUUCUGCAAAGACUCAGACUCUCCUUAUGCCUCCUGGAGACUAAAAACAACAGAAGAGCAUGAGAAAGAGACAGGACUUAAAUCCAAAGAAACCAGAAAAUAUAUCUUCAGCUGUCUGGAUGACAUUGCACACGUGAACUCAAUGCUGAGUCCUGACAACAGUGACAUGCAUGCAGAGAAAGCAGACAGGAGAGAAUUUGUCUCGCUAUUGAAGACCAUGCUGCUUAUUGAUGCAGAGGAAAGAACUGUUCCUUCCAACAUCCUCAGUCAUCCCUUCCUCACUAUGAUUCAUCUAUUGGACCACUUCCAUAGUAACCAUGUGCAGUCAUCUUUUCGGAUCAUGGACAUGUGUCAUGGCCGCCCCAACAACACAGUGUUUGAUGCUUUGAACCAGAACACCAUUCAUUUCCCAAGACCUCAUGUUGGCCAAACUGCUUCCUCUGGCCUCCCUCUGGGCUACAGCAACAUACCAGUUCACACACAGCCUGUUGCCCAAUCAGCUCCUUCAGUGUUGCAUCCUGGGAUAGCUAUAACAGCGAGAAAUGGACAGUUUGGAUGUACCGACUCUUUCCCACCUAUUCUUCUAUGCCCUCCCAACAUACAAGGUAACCUUAACCAAUCAGUAGGGUACUCAGUUCCUCUCGUACCCCAGGCUCCUCCUGUACAGCCCCUCCCAGUGAGACCUAGCAUAAUAACACAGCCAGCCUGGUCUAGCAGGGGUCAGCAGCUCUUGGUCCAAGCUGCCUGGCCACAGAUGACUGCAGUGGGUGUGACUCCGUCUCACCCUCUUCCACCACCUCAGUCUUCUCUGACCACAGACACAACAGCUGGGCCCCCAAGGAUCAGUGACUGGGGGAAAGUGCGUCCCCACACUAGGCAUUACAGUGCAUUGAUUCAGCAGCCUGUCCUGACCAGUCAGAUGCAGUCUGUCUCUGGCCAUCAGCCACUCAACAUUGGCAUUGCACAUGUUGUGUGGCCCCAGCCAACUAAUAAAAGAAACAGGCAGCAUCACAACAGGAACCUAUCCCACCCAGUUAACAACCACGCAUCACAGUGUCGAUCUCCCAAAAUGGCUAAUGUUGUCGGUCUGGCAGUGUUAGGAGGGAAUCAACCUCAGAGAGAGGUUCCUCAAGUGGAAACACAGCAGCAAGAAAAUCAAAACUCAGAUGAGGAGGAAAUUUUUUCUGAAGAGGAAGUGAACUGUCACACAGAGGAUGCACCAAACAAGGAACUACAGCGAGAUGUGCCACUUCUCAUGGAUGACACACCAAGUCCGGCACCCAGCGUAAUCAGCAUCCACAGUGAACCAACAUAUGAUGAAGUGGAGGAAGACAAACCACAGAUGUGCUGUCUGAGGAAGUGUGGAGAGCAGUGUGUAUGUGAGGUAUGCAGAAACACCAGUGUGACUAUGGAAAGAGUGUGUUCCCUUAGCAGUCCUGACAGCAGCCUCAGCACCAGUUCCUUUGCGUCCAACUCCAUUCACUCCAGCCCAUUGGCCUCACCCUGCAAAAGACACAACAGUAUGUCUGAAGAUGAUGGUCAUGAGAGUGGCUGUGAAACGGUGGAGGGCUCCCCUACCUCCAACACAUCGACAUCUCCCCAUGGAAACAGUCCGUAUUGUUUCCUCAACAGUGGUAACAACAAUUGCCGCCCAACCUUUGCUGCUGUGGUAGCACCGAUGCCCUCACCUGCAAUGCAGGGUAGGAGUCCUCGGGAUGCCAGGACAAUGGUUGUUCCACCAAUGAGAGUGCAGAACAAAAACACCCAAGGGACAGAGGAGCGUUUCCAGAGAACAGGUCAGAAGGAACCAGUAGGGGCUGACCGCCCCCUAGUGGGCCAUAAAGGCCUAACCAGAGUCCUGGUCCCGAUCCAAAGGGCGCUGCACCAUUGCAGGACAACAGAGCACUCCCUCCUCCAUCCCCCUCCUCCAAUCCACACCUCUUAUGUCAUGGCAACAAAAAGUGACUGGGCAGCAGCACCCCUUAGGCCUUGGACAGGUGCAGCCGUACGUUUCGAACCACAACAACAAAGAGUGGAACGGCAACCAUGGGCCACUACGGCCGCACGCCUACAUUCCUCCUACUGUCCACACCCACAACUUGCCACACCUGCCGCACAGCAGCCCUACACGCACAUUAGGUGCCCCCCACGCACAUACUCAGGGCCUGCCCACUCGCACCUUGUUGUCUUACCCACCCAGCGGCCCCCUUACCACGGCCCCCCACCCUAUGUUGACCUCUCAUCCUCCUAUGCUACAGCACGGCUACAGCCUCUCCCACACCCAGGGCGGCGCUAUAGUUCACCAGGUGACCAUGGGCAUCAGCAGCCACACUCAACAUCCUGGAUAUCCUGCGCACCCACACAGGCUCCUCCCUUCACCAACAGUCCACCCACAUCAACAGCCCAGCUAUGCCCACCACACACCCCAGUUCAAGCCUCCCUUCCCCCCUCCACUUCCCCCUCCUGUCCCAUACAUGGCCUCACCAGCUGCCUAUACAGGCUUCCCUCUGAGUCCCACCAAGCUCAGCCACCACCCUCAGUUCUCUUAUAUUUGAGGAGGAGGGUAUGUCCGCAGCAGUCCCCUAGGGUCAGGAAGGCCAUUGAUAAACAUAGUGUGGCUGCUACAUGGGCUGGUAGAGCAUCCGCCAGAGCACAAAACAAACACAUGACACAAAUAAGAGAAUACAUUUGAGAGUGUGAAAAGCAAUGCAGUUAUUUUUCGGAGGCCAGCUAAAUUCACGUCCUCUCUAAUAUGAAGGUUUAUAAGUCAGUUGGUCAGAGCAACUUCAGCUCUGACAGUCUCCCUGUAAAAUCAUGUCUGCAAGAAAAUACAUUUUGCAAAGUUUUAUAGCGCUUGGGAGAGGGAACACAUUCAAAAUAGUGAUAAAGAAAUUUAAGGCUUUGUCCUUUGCACGUUAACUUCUGUCAUGUUAUUUGUGGGGGGGUGGGGUGGGGGGGGAAACACUUGCGUGGCUUCCUUUCCCUUUUGUCUUUGUUGCCUUGUAGCAUGUGCAAACCACUCAGCUCCGUUAAAGCCAUUCUGGUCUGUGUUAACCAGGCUGAAGGCGCCCCUGUUGUUGUGUUGCCGCUGCCAUCUGCCAGUGCCUUAACAACAGUCCAAGAUGUCACUUGCAGCACUUACACUUGAGACUCUGAACUCAGUUCCUCCCACAUAAUGGUCUUUUUGGACAAAAUGAGGAUUGAUUGAUCUAUUAUCGGCUAAUGUUCAUCUUCAGUUUGCUUGAUAAGUAUGGAUAUACUUAAGAUACAGGCUGCACAUUUAGGGCUUUGACUGAAUUUUUUAUGUAUAUAAAGAGUGAUUUGAUAUUUUGAUAAUCAAUUUCUACUCACUAUAGUACUUAAUUCAGAACAGUAUUGUCACUGUUUACUGUAACUGCAAUACAAUCUAGCCUCUGGGUUGCUGUGUGUUUUUCCAAUUAGAUGUGCAGUUUUUAGAAGUUUGGGAGUGGCUUUAGCCUAAAAAGGACUGUUCUUUUAUAAGCCUCCCAAUGUUUGAAAGAACCUAGUAACUUACAGUAACCUUAUUGGGUGUUAAUUUCAUGUAUUUGUGCUAGACAAACCUGUCCUGUAUUGAACAUUCCUUCAGGGUGGAUAUGCAUAGUUGUGCUAUUCUUUUCAUAUUUGUUGCGUCUGUACUUGUUCAGCUGGUCUUUCAUGGCAAUCAGCACCAAAGACAUUGUUCAUCAAUCAUUUCUGAGGCAUGUUGAUACUAUUCUUUCAUCUCCAGCGAACUGUUGCAGUUAGACGUUGGAAUAUAUUGUCGAACCUGUUUUUGGAAAUGAGGUUGAGGUUUUAUUUUUCUGAGCUAUUUUGGCAAAUUUGUAUUUGGAAUGUAUCGACAUUAAGCUGCUAUGUACUGAUUAUCUGCCACUUUGUAGCUGUGAAUUUAGAGGAUUAAUCUCACGCAAGCCUGCAAUUAUCUUGUAUGUAUUGUAGUUGUGGUGACAAUAAAAGUGGCUUAUUUUGAUCAAUAGAGUAUAUUGAAUGCUAUCCUUACAUGCUAGCACCUCUGUAUAUUGGCUACAUUGUUUUGAAGUCAUUUUAAACUGCUGUAAUGGAAGUUAAGCAUUUUUUUUUUAUUAGGGUGUUCUGUGUGUGUGCCUCUAGCAUCAGUAUUUCAUUUUGAAAUGUAGGCUGAGAUCACUCUUAGAUUGUGUAAUCAGUGUGGUGUUCACUUAUCUUUGUUAUAAUUUGUAAUGUGACAUGGCUUUUUCCAUAUCGGGCUGUAUUUGCAACGCUUGUACUGUACAACGAGUGCCUUACUCCAAACUGGCUGAUGGAGGAUGUCUGGCAUUGAUAUGACUCGCAAAUGAGUGUAUUAGAUCCUCUUCAGAGGAUCAACCCCUAACUUUGACAUCACCAACAGGAUGUUUGAAAACAUUUUAAUAUAUAGACUAGGAAGAAAGUACAAGUCAGGGAAUGUUUAUUGCGCUCACCAAGAACAUGGUGCAGUAAUCAAAAACAUAGGACCUGAAUUUAGACAAAUGCAAAGCUUUACCGUCACACCUUGAAUGUAUUUGUGUAGACAGAGAAUGAUGGCCGAGCAAAGAGCUGUCUCCGUUUGUGAUAAGGUUCUUUGUGUGCAGUUUUUGCCAUAGGUGGGCGUAUGUUUUGAGUCAGGGGUUCCUCUAAAAUGCUUUAUCCGUCAAAGUUAAAGUUGCCCAAUCCUCAUCUAUUUAUUGUAAUGGUUUUGCUAUGUUGCUUAUGUAAAAGAUAUAUUUUAUAUACCUAUCUAAUUUGCUACCUUGUUAAUCGCCCUAAAAAAAAAAAUGAGGCUGCACUGUGCAGCCAAGAUUUUUAAUUUUAUUUGUGUAUUUGUCCCUGUGUUGUGGCACAGUAAAAAUGUUCUCUUCCUCCAUUGCUGGCCCAUUUGAAGUAUCUCACUUACAACGCUAUUGUUUGUCAGCAACACCUGUGAUGAGAUGAAAACAUGUUUCAUUUCAGUGACGUCCCGUAAUCCCCCACCACUUUGGUUGGAUUACGUAGCCUAGAUAAUCCAUGCAGCCUCACCAAAGUCACCAAAAGGGUCAAACGGUCCCACAGCCACAUAGAGCACAGCAGCCUUAAGUAACAAAGCAGGCGUAUUUUCAACUCAGAUUUCAACAUCUCCCUCAAAUUCUAAUGCAUUUGUAUUUAAUAACAUGCAAUGCCAUGUAGUCCGUUAAUUUGCAUCUACUGUGCUGGUACUUGUAUGAAGUGAACUCAUCAUACAAGUGUGGAAAAUUAGUUUUUGUGUGCCGAGCUACAAAAAUGCUGAGUUAAAAAGUCCUCAUAGACUCAUUCAAAGUAUGAUUUGUUACCACAGUUCUCUAAUUAUUUGGUUGUUUGUUUUUAUUUACUCAAUUAUGUAGACACGGUUGGAAAGUUGAAACCAUUGCUGUUCCAAAUGAGUGUAUAUUUGUGUGGGUUUUAUGAUUUGUGUGUUCUAAAUGCUACGCUAGUUUGACAUGUAGCAACUGCACUGUGCAAUAUACAACAUUAUGAGGACUGGGGAAAACGAUCAUUGUUUGGCAGUUGUGUGUCUUAAGACUCUGAUUUCUUCCCGCCCCAACUGGAGUUCUCAGUUAUCGUGUGACCAGGCCUUGUUAUGUACUCAAGUCACAAAAAGCGGGUUCCUUCUUGGUGACUUUAUGGAAAAUGUCAAAUUAUGAAUUGAUGGUGUACAAUGUCAAGAUUCACUUUGAAAUAAAAAUCUCUUUUGCUUCAA